AUGGAAUUAGAUACCUGGUUGCACCGUGAGGAUGUUCGGUUAGCUCAAUGUGCUAAGGUUAAAUGGUGGGGUCAUGGUGAUAAAAAUUAUCGGUAUUUUCAUGCUAUUCUAAACAAGAGGAAGCAAGAAAGGAUUAUGGAAAUGAGUCUUCUGAAUGGGACCACGUUAAAGUCACCGCUGGAAGUCCAUGAUGGUGCUGUGCAGUAUUUCAUGGAUUUCUUGGGGCAAUCUUCAACUGUGCUGUUACCGAACUUGAGUGAUUUAGUGGAUAUGGUGAUUUCGGAGGCAGAUAAUUCGAAACUUUGUUCGUUGCCUACAGAAGAAGAGGUGAAACAAGCAGUUUUCAGUAUUCCCAUUGAGAGUAGUCCGGGGCCUGAUGGCUUCGGGUUAGGAUUCUAUCGUGCUUGUUGGGAUGUUGUACGUUUGGAGGUAGUGGAGGCAGUAAAGGAAUUUUUUCGAGGGGUUCCUCUUCCUAGAUUUUAUACCGCUUCUUUUCUCGUGCUUAUUCCGAAAGUGGCUUAG